GUUUACUAUCAGAGUCAGUCACAGGUUCUUGAGGCAAUAGGCACCUUCAUUGAGCAACUUGAGGUGCACCAUUAACCACAACUCCGUUGUUAUAUGAAAAAAUGGCAAGGAUGAUGCAUAUCUUUAAAAUAACAGAAAUGUUUAUCAUAUUUUGCAUAUUUCAAAUAUCCAAUACGCUACCUGUGGGUGACACAUCCAUGAGCAUUAGACAGAAAAGGGAUGUAAAUAUAUUACAGGAUAAACUGAUUCAAACUCUGAAUCCAAAACCAAUUUUGGAUACUAUAACAGAAGCUGAGAAGUGUUGUAAUUUACAACAGCAUCCCAUUGGUAAAAAACUUCUUUCAGUUUUUGAACAGGUGACAAGUGUAGCUGCAAAUGCAAUCCAGGUUCCUGCCCAGAAAGUUAAUGCUGUCUCUAAAAGUGUAACAGAAUACUUGAACCAAAUUGGAGCUAAGUUAGUUGGGUUACAGAAAUAAGUUAUAUGAAAAAAAAAAAUCUAGUCAAGUGCUUAGUUUAAUGUGUGCUACCUGAGAGUAAUAUCAUAAUAUUUACUGUUUACUUUAUUAAGACUAAAAGUAAAAUAAAUUUAAAAUUUAUAAUUAAUUUAAUGUAAAAGUUAUUAUUUUAUAACAAUAAACGUUCCAACUAAU